CCAUUUUGUAAUUUUGAGCAUGUUGACUCGCUUACAAAAAUGAUUUUCUUUACGCAAAUAAAUAGAUUUAGACCAGUAAUUCUAUAAAAUAUUUAGUGCUAAGAACAAAAACAACCAAGAUGGACAUGUCGGAAGUAAAGGCGUUCAACGCGGAGUUAUCCGGGUUGUACGACAACAAACCACCUAUAUCAAAGGCGAAGAUGAGUGCUAUCACCAAAGGUGCUAUAAAGGCCAUAAAGUUCUAUAAACAUGUUGUGCAUAGUGUUGAAAAAUUUAUACAAAAGUGCAAGCCAGAGUAUAAAGUUCCUGGUUUAUACGUGAUAGACUCAAUAGUGCGGCAGUCCCGACACCAAUUUGGGCAAGACAAGGAUGUGUUCGCGCCUAGAUUUGCCAAGAACAUGCAGCAGACCUUUGCUAAUCUCUUCAGAUGUCCUCCUGAAGAUAAGCGCAACAUUAUCCGUGUGCUUAACUUGUGGCAGAAGAACAACGUAUUCAGCUCAGAUGUGAUCCAACCGUUGCUGGAUAUGGCGGACCCCAACCAUCCGUUGCACGCAGAGAUACAACAACAACAGAACAAUGCUGCUAAUGGGAGCAGUCUGAGUGUCGGCCACAACGCAUCAGACAAGCUGUCUCCAGGGGCACAACAACAUACUCCGCAUUCCUCAACACCCAUGGGUGAUCAGUUCCAAGACCAGCCGUCCGGGCCCCCGGGUGCCAAGUUCAACCGCAAGCUACUGAACGACUUCGACUACGACAGCGAGGACGAGGCUCCGCCCCCCGACCCCGCGCCGCAGCCGCCACCCCACAACCCCGCUGAUGCGCUCGGAAGUAUACUGACGAACCCAGAAAUAAUGCGACAGCUACAGAGUUUGCAAGCGCAGAUGCAAAUGAUGACGGGAAUGCAAAUACCUAAUCUAAUGCCAAUGAUGUCUGAUAUGCAGUUACAGCAGAACCAAAAUCAAAAUCUGCCAUUUUUGGCGUCCCAACAAGACCAACAGAAGCAAGGUGAAAGCAAGGAGGACGGAGCGAAUGAGUCCGACAUAGAGUUCGUGGAGACCGGCCCACAGGUUAUCGAGAUACCCGACGCCAAUGACUCGAGCAGCCCGUCCCCGCGCGCGCGGCGGGCGCGCUCGCGCUCCAAGUCCCCGCGCCGGCGGCGCCGCUCCAGGGAGCGGGAGCGCUCGCCGCGCCGCCGCCGGGACCGCGACAGGGAACGGGACAGAGACAGAGAACGAGACAAGGACAGGGAUAAUAAAAACUACAAGGAACGCGAAGCUGACAGGGAGAAACAGAAAGAGAGGGAGAAGAAGGGACUGCCGCCGAUAAAGAAGGAAAAUCUUAGUGUGUGCAGUACAACCUUGUGGGUGGGCCACCUGUCCAAGCUGGCGACGCAGGAGGAGCUGUCGGACCUGUUCGGCGCCAUGGGCGGCGUGGUGUCCAUCGAUGUGGUGGCGCCGCGGGGCUGCGCCUUCGUCGUCAUGGAGCGCCGCCGCGACGCUUACAAGGCGCUGCACAAGUUGAACAAACAUAAGCUGCAUUCUAAAGAGAUUGCUGUGGCGUGGGCUCCAGGGAAAGGCGUGAAAGGUCGAGAAUGGAAGGACUACUGGGAAGCGGAGCCGGGCGUGUCCUACCUACCCUGGAGCGCGCUGCACGCGCGGUGGUUACUAGGAGCUCUUUCCUUAGACGCGUUGGAAGACGGAGGUGCUGUGGAUGAGGAUACUUUGCCGCCCUGGCUCCCUCCUAGGAUAAUCCCGAAGAUGGACAACCUGCCGAUGCUGGGUAUCGGGUCAGCGGCGGGCCUGAUGCCGAGCAUGCCCGGCCCGGGUCUACCGAGUCUGCCCAACCUGCCCGCGCCGCUACCAGGCUCACUGCCAGCGUCGCUGCCCGGGUCGUUACCCACGUCUCUGCCCGGCUCGCUGCUGCCGGCAGGGCUGCCCACCGCGCCGCCGGGCAAUAUGCCCAUGCAGGUGCCGAGGAUGCCGCCGCCAGGAUUACCAGCCGGCCUGCCCCCGGGUCUAGCGGGUGUGCCAGGCGGCCUCCGCAACACUUUACCCGGGGUGGGCGGAGUUCCCGGAGUGGGUGGAGUUCCCGGAGUUCCCGGAGUGCCGGGCAUGCAGUCGGAGGCGCCCCAGCUGCUGCCCUUCCCUCCGGCCAUGCCGCCGCACUCCAUGCCACAACCGCCCGGCAUGGUGGGCGGGUUCCUGGGCGGGCUGCUGGGCGUGGGCGGGCUGGUGGCGGGCGUGCCGCUGCUGCACCAGCACCAGCCGCCGCAGCCACAACCACCACUGCACCAGAGACCGACGGAAGUGGCGCAGGCGGACGACGCGAUGGACCUCGACACGGAGGACAACCACGAGGAGAGCAACCAGGGGCCCGCCGCCGCCAACACCGCCGCGCCGCCGCCUCUACUCUCGGAUCAGCUCCAAGCGCUACUGUCGAAGCCGCCCCCGGCGUUCAACGCGUCCGAGCCGCCUCCCGGCUUCAACCUCGCCGACCUGCCUCCAUUCAACGCGAACCAGCCGCCGCCCGGCGCCGACGACAAGGAUGACGACAGGAAGAACGACAGAGACCGCGACAGGAGGGACAGGGACAGAAGAGAUAGAGACAGAGACCGCGACAACAGGAGGGAUAGAGGCGAUAGGGAUCGCGGCGAGCGGGAUCGGAGGGAUCGUGGACGGGAACGGGAUAGGGAUCGCGAUGAGCCGCGGCGCGACAGAGGAGGUCGCGACGAAAGAGACAGAGGCGGACGCGAUAGACGCGACCGCGACAGGGACAGGGAUAGAGAUCGAUUCAAUAAUAGAGAGAACAACAGGGAACGUAGCCGCGAAAAGUCGCCACGCGCGCCUGGCGCCGAGCAGCCAGAGAAGUCCCUACAAGAGAGGCUGUGGGAGAUGGCUAACGGCAAGCCGGCCACCAGGGAGGAGCCUGCUGACAACACAGACCGCCAGGAGGCGCGGGAAGAGACUAGGAUGGAUAGGCCUCCGCCCUUGUUGGAUAGGGCGCCGCCGCGACACGACAUGCCGCCCAUGAUGGAGAAUAUUCCAGAAGCCGACAAGCCCGGCGAGGAGUCCGGCUGGACGCAGCUGCCGCCGCCGCGGCACCCGCCGCCGCACCUGCCCGCGCCCUUCAGAGCCGAAUUGAGAAUGAGAGGGCCACCUAGGCAGCCAAUGAGAGGUCCGUGGAUGGACGGCCCGCCAGGCCCGGGGCCGUUCGGACCGCGCUUUAACGGGAUGGGGCCCCCUUUCAACCGGCCCCCCUUUGAGCGCCCGCCCUUCGAGGGCCCCAUGUUCGAAGGCCCGCCGAGGUUUGAACGACCGCCCUUCAACAGGAUGCCCUUCGACAACAUGAACCGCCCGCCGUUUGACGGCCCGCGGCCACCAUUCGACGGCCCGCGGCCGCCCUUCGAGCCGCGACCGCCCUUCGAUGGGCCUCGCCAGUUUGACGGACCACCCUUCGAAAGCGAGCGAGGCUUCGACGGACCCCGGUUCGAAGGACCCCCCGAAUUCUUCGACAGAAACAACAGAAGAUUCGAAGACAGAGAACAAUUCAACGAGAGGGGCUGGAACGGGGAGAGGGACAGAGGAGAGAGAGAGUGGGACAGAAGAAAUGAAUGGGAUCCCAAUGACAGGAGGAGAGACAGGAGGUCUAGAGACCACGAAGAUAGAUUCAGAGACAGGAAUGACAGGAGACGAAACUUUGACGAGAGACGACCUGGAAGAGAAGAGAGGAAUUCCAAGGAAGAAGACAGGAGGAGUCACGUUAGAGAUGAAAAGGACAAAAACGCUCCGAGAGACGAAAGAGACAAGAGCGCGCCUAGAGAUGAAAAGGAUAAGAAUAACCCCAAGGAAGAAAAAGUCAGUACUAGAGAAGAGAGAAAGGAGAGAAGAGACAGAGACAGAAAGUCUAGAUGGGGCGCGGCUGAGGAGGCCACUAAUCAAACUGACGAAACUGAAAAGGCACCGGAGGAAAGCAUUGCACCUGCUGACGUCAGCAAUGUUGCAACAAAGAAGGACAGCGCAGAGACUAGUCAUGCUGAACAAAAUGUGCAGGAUUACGAUACAAAGGAAACUAAUAACGAAACCCGUGUCGAAUACGACAAUAAAGAGAGUAGAGAGAACAAUGAUCAAGAAAGCUAUACUGCUGAAAACAGUAACGAUAAUCAAGAAAAUAAUGAAAGAAGUCAUAAAGUUCAAGAGAAUAGUCCGAAAGUUCACGAGAGAAGCCCGGAGGUCCGAGAAAGGAGUCCGCUAUUUCAAGAGAGAAGCCCGGAGGCCCGAGAAAGAAGUCCGGUAAUUCAAGAGAGAAGUCCAAAAGUACGAGACAGAAGUCCGGAAAUGCAAGAAAGGAGUCCGGUUCGGGACAGGAGUCCUCAUAUUCCUGAACGGAUCGGUAUGGAUUUCGACAGCCAAGAUAAGAGCACCGCUGAAGAGAAUCAAGAAGAACGCACAGUUGAAGUCAGUACAGAACAGAACAUGUCCUUUGAAAAGGACACUUCGAAUAGUUACAGUAGCCAAGAAAAUACAAACGAUUAUGAUACUCAACAAAUUGAUAAGAGUGAUAGAGACCCUGAACCAGAGCCAAUGGACGUUAGCGAAAAAAUAUCCGAAGCGCUCUAUGACGACAGCGACGCUAUUGACACGAGUUUCUCAGAAGUACCUCCUAAAGAAAACAGUACUCCUGCUGUCGAGAAAACUCCCACUUUCGAGGCCCCAGAAACCUCAAAGAACGACGACAUAUUCAGCCAAUCAGAAGCGAAAGAAGAUGGUCCUAUUGCGAACGAAGCGCAGCGUACUCCAGAAAGCAAAGAGGGUGUUGCUUGACACAGGCGAAGAUGGAAAGUUGGAUACUUCCAGUGGAAAUGAUUCGGGUGACGCGAACGAUGCCCGAAGAGGACGCGAUGACGGCGCCAAGUCGAGUUUUAGCUGCGUUUUCGAUAACCUAUUUAAUUUUACACAAGUAGUUACAAAAACUGCCAGUUUCAUUUUGAUGAGAUUAUUUUCGCGUGGUUUUCACAAAGCGAACGUGUAGCUAGAACUCGCGCGACCGGCCCCCCAAAACCGUAUAACGCCAAAGAUUUUUUUUUAUAUUCACUAAAGAGUUGAAAUAUACGAGUGCCUUAUUGGUUACCGAUGUGGUGUUUUGUUUACCGCCGGCUCGCGUCGCGGGACAGAAGAGGAACGCACCUGGGCGCUCAAGUCGAGUGACCCGGGUAAGGUACGGUUGCUAACUGAUAUUUCACGCGCGUCCAGAACAAUUGCAACUACGAUUGACUCAUUAUUAUUUUUUUCUAUAAAUAACUUUUCUGUAAAAAUAUAUUGGUUCAAAUGUAAAAUUGAAGACUUUUUUUCUAUGAAAUGCUCAAUUGUACUCGGCGAGCGUUAUUUUUACAUUGUUUAACGAUGUCGAAAUGGGAUCGAGUUAUGCAUUUAGUUGUUGUUCUAUAACAGAUUUAUUAUAUUAUAACAAAAUAUAGAUUUAAUUUUAAUGGACAGAUCGCCAUUUCGACAUAUUGUAAUAUCGCUAGCAAUGUGUGCAAAGCUCCUCGGCGCCGCGUCACCCGAAUCAGCCUGGAUCCGACGAGAAGAACGCAACACCUGGAUAUACUUCACGCUAUAUACUCUAACGGGACUUGCUAUAUCUUAACCAUUUUAUUACGCCGACAUGCGGCCAUUUUGUUGUUAAUUUUAGUUAAUUUCCUUUUAUCUUGUGGUGGUUAGUUUAAUUAAUGUAUAAUUUUCUUUGUGCAAACUACAAUUAUUUCUAAAACUUCUUUAGGCACAAACUUCCCUUGUUUUGAAGCAUCACCUACUGUUUGGCUGUUAUUAUCAUUCUUGUACAAAAUUAACGCGUAGAAAGCUACACAAUCGUAGUGAUUAGAAUGUUUGAUCAAUUUUACCUCUAUAAUCGAUUAUAUUUUGUACUUAUUUCAUCUUGAAAAUAUUUUGGUGAAGGUAGAAAAUGGAUUGAAAAUAAAGUAAAAAUAUAUUUGGUUUAUUUAAAAAUAUAUUGAAUAGAACUAACACUGUUUUAUAAAUUUAUAUAAGGAAUACCUUUAUCUAUUUUAGAAUAUUUCGCUACGAUGGCAAAUCAAAUUCCAAAGGAUAUGCCGUCGACUCUUAAGAGGAAAUGUAGAAUAUUCAUCACGUUUAAAAUUUUAGAGUAGGAUCACAGUUGUCUAUAAAGAUAUUUUACAUAUUAAUUGAUUAUUCGAGCUAGUACGUGUCUCGAUCAUGUGUAACUGUUUAUAUUGUAACAUAUUUUUAUAACGUACGAUAUUUAUAAUUUGAAGAAUUCAUUGAUUUAUCCAUUUUAUUACCGUUGGAUGGUACCUUAGGUAUGUUAGAGUAUUCGAAUAAGCAAUUUAUAAUUUCAUUGCAUGCUUCAAUGUCUGUCAUAUUUGUGCUUGAAUAAAAAAUAUUAAACUUCA